AUGGCGGCUCAGGUUCUUCGUCCAUCUGCACAAGCGCAGGCGUUAGCUGCGCUGCCUGCGGAUGUCCUCCGUCUGAUACUCAAAGACAUCAGCCUGAAGGAGCGCUUGCGCCUGGAGAUCUUGGACAAGAGCCACAGGGAUGCGCUGCGGGAUCCGGAGCUUUGGCAUGCGAUAAAGCUAGGAGCUGUGGACGCGCAAACUUGCACGGAGGACCAGCUUCUGUCUCUGCUGAUCAGGCUGGAGCCACGCAUGCAGAAAGGCGCAGCUCAGAUACGGCGAAUGGCGGAGAGCCUGGGUGACGUCACCGCGGGUUUCACGAAGCACAGGAUGGCCAAGUUACUGGCGGUGGAACAGCUGAAGCGGAAAACGCGGGCGUCGCUCUGGAGGGAGGCCAUCUAUUUGCAGCUGAUGUCCCUGCGGUUUCUGUACACAGCAGUGCCUGAGUCCUGGAUCUCUGUGAGGUUCUUCCUCGAGACAUGCACGCUCUGGGUGGAAGACCAGCUGCAGCGGAUUCCGCUGGCUGUCCGCUCCGUCUGCAACUUCCUGCGGAACGUGAGCAGCAGCCAUUCUGCCUUCGUGAGAAACGGAACGAGCAGUCCGCCGGAAAGGCCUGAACGACAGAGGUCAGCCAAGAGAGAGGUCCUUCUCAACGUCUCUGGAGCGGUCCAGUUGUCCCCAAACUUUGUCGCGGCCUGCGUGAUCGCCCUGUCAGCAGCGGCGUUCCAAGUCACUGUUAGAAUGGACGGGGAAGGUGACCCCGGUUUCCUGACGAACGACCCGGUGUUAGACAGAGCGAAGAUAGCAGCAAUCACGGGCGGUGGAGGGUCGCAAACUAGAGGCGCGACGACGGAGGUUUUCAGUUACACCGUCAUCCUCGAGCACCUCGUUACUCAUCUCGAGGAACCUCUACUUGAGGAGCUUGGCAAAUUUCUACGAGGCGCGCCGUCCGCUCACCGCGUGGUCGUUCGCAACUGCAUGCUGAGCUACUUGGAAGUCCGCUCACUUUCCGUUGUGCUUGGCAAGGGCGACGCCGGAACCGUCACCUUUCAGCAUCUUUGCCACGACUUCGCCCGCGACGAUGACAUGGCGUGGACCAUUCUGACCUGCGCAGAGCUGCAGGCUAGCCAGGGAUUGCAAGCGCUUGCGCUCGACUUUCCGCUGGCUCCGGCGGACCUUGAUUACGUCGCUCAGUUUCUGGAGCGAAACGCCGACGCCCGCUUCGUCAUCCAUUUGCGGCCGGCCUUUUAUGCGCGGAGCGCAGCUGCGGCACAGCAGCUCUUCGCAAAACUCAGGGUGCUGUGCGCGUCACGGCGGGGAAAGAGGAUAAUAAUCGUGCCGCACCAGGGCGGGGCACGACUUCCGGGCGGAACGGAUCGCAGAGGAGCGGCGGAACGGGGUGAAACGGUUGCGGUUCCGAGCGGGGGCGCCCUCGAGGACGCAAUCCUGACCCCACUAAACCAGGAAAUUCGGUCACAACGCCUGUUUGAGGUUGCGCUUCGAGCGGCGGACCGCGUGAUCUGGGGCAUCUGCAUCGCUGACGUCAUCUUUGGCCUGGUGCUUUCCCUGGAGUACCUCAUUUAACCGUUUACAGACCACAACUAACCUCAGUUUUCUUUUCGGUCAGACUGUUCGGGUUCGAUUCUGAGCUGGGCAUCCCAAUUACAGUCCAGGUGUUCGUCGCGGCAUUAUCCGGGUGGCCCUCCCUCCGCGCGGCAAUCCAAGGCGAGCGAGACCUGAUCGACAUGGUGAUUCUCAUUUUUUCCGUCGGCCUCUUUCGCUUUCUGCCGCCAGUGGAUGCCGCGCUGCGCGCGCUGUGCCUGUAUCUGUGCGCGUGCCUCGCCUGGACCGUUCUUGAGUGGAUUG